AAAUAGCUCGUGCUUAUAAUACAUGAGACCAAAGCUCGCACUUUUUAACGACACACGGGGAAGUUCCCUGGCGUUUCAUUCCCGCAGGUACCCGUCAGCCCGGGAAGGGGCGGGGCGGUGCGCGCCGGGGGCGGGCGGCGCGUCGGAAGUGCGCGGCGGCGCUCGGAGCGGCCCGGCCCAGCCCGGCCCAGCCCGGCCCGGCCGAGCUGCGUUAAAACAUAAACAUGAAGAAAUUGAAGCUUAAAGAACUGGAAAGCUGUCUUCAACAAGUUGAUACUUUUGAAAAUCCAAAACUACUCCUUGAACAGUAUCCAACAAGACCUCAUAUUGCAGCAUGUAUGCUCUAUACAAUUCAUAAUACUUUUGAUGAUAUUGAAAACAAAACAAUUGCAGAUUUAGGAUGUGGUUGUGGCAUGCUCAGCAUUGGAAGUGCAAUGUUAGGAGCAGGAUUCUGUGUGGGGCUUGACAUAGAUGCAGAUGCACUGGAAACAUUUAAUAGCAAUAUUGAAGACUUUGAGCUCACAAACGUCAAUAUGGUUCAGUGUGACGUCUGUUCUUUAUCUGACAGUAUGUCAGAUACUUUUGACACAGUUAUUAUGAACCCUCCAUUUGGUACCAAGCAUAACAAAGGAAUUGAUAUGAUUUUUCUGAAAACUGCUCUACAAAUGGCAAAAACAGCUGUAUAUUCCCUUCACAAAACUUCAACACGACAGAACUUAGGUUUGACUUACCAGCAUCAUACAAGUUCCAUAAGAAGAAAUCAGUUGACAUUGAAGUGGAUUUCAUUAGAUUUUCUGCCAAAAAAGUCCUGAACUGAGGCACGUAUUUAAAAAUCUAUUGAAAAUGGAACAAUAAAACCACUAUUUUUUAAAAUUA